AUGCUCAGUUCAGUGUGUGUCUCCUCGUUCAAAGGGCGCAAGGGAGGGAACAAGUCGGCCAACAAAGCAUGUUACAGCGCAGACAUGACUUGUCCGUCAGAAAGCGAGAAGAUUGUGAUCAACUGCGGGGGGGUGCGCCACGAGACGUACCGCAGCACCCUCAAGACGCUGCCCGGCACGCGCCUCUCCUGGCUCACGGAGCCCGACGCCUUCAGCAACUUUGACUACGACCCCAAGUCGGACGAGUUCUUCUUCGACCGGCACCCGAAUACGUUCGCCUUCAUCCUCAACUACUACCGCACGGGGAAGCUGCACUGUCCCAGCGACGUGUGCGGGCCGCUCUUCGAGGAGGAGCUCGCCUUCUGGGGCAUCGACGAGACGGACGUGGAGGCGUGCUGCUGGAUGAACUACCGGCAGCACCGCGAUGCCGAGGAGGCGCUCGACAGCUUCGAGACCCCCGAGCCGGACCCCCCCGAGGACGACCCCGCCCUGACCGGCGGAGCCGACGGAGACCUCAAGAGGCUGUGCCUGCAGGAGGACGGCCGGAAGGCGAGCUGGUGGCGCGUGUGGCAGCCGCGUAUCUGGGCGCUCUUUGAAGACCCGUACUCCUCCAAAUACGCGCGGUACGUGGCCUUCGGCUCGCUGUUCUUCAUCCUCAUCUCCAUCUCCACCUUCUGCCUGGAGACGCACGAGGCCUUCAACACCAUCUACAACAAGACGGAGAACGUGACGACGGGCAACGUGACGCGCGAGGAGGUCACCUUCGAGGUGGUCACCGACGGCUGGCUCACCUACGUCGAGGGCGUCUGCGUCGUCUGGUUCACCAUCGAGGUGCUCCUGCGCGUCGUCUUCUGCCCCGACAAGGCCGAGUUCUUCAAGAGCUCCCUCAACAUCAUCGACUUCGUGGCCAUCCUGCCCUUCUACCUGGAGUUGGGCCUCAGCGGCCUCUCGUCCAAAGCGGCCAAGGACGUGCUGGGCUUCCUGCGGGUGGUGCGCUUCGUGCGCAUCCUGCGCAUCUUCAAGUUGACGCGCCACUUCGUGGGGCUCCGCGUCCUCGGCCACACGCUGCGCGCCAGCACCAACGAGUUCCUGCUGCUCAUCAUCUUCCUGGCGCUGGGCGUGCUCAUCUUCGCCACCAUGAUCUACUACGCCGAGCGCAUCGGCGCCGACCCCGCCGACCCCACCGCCAGCGCCCACACCUACUUCAAGAACAUCCCCAUCGGCUUCUGGUGGGCCGUGGUCACCAUGACCACCCUGGGCUACGGCGACAUGUACCCGGUCACGUGGUCCGGCAUGCUGGUGGGGGCGCUGUGCGCGCUGGCGGGCGUGCUCACCAUCGCCAUGCCCGUGCCCGUCAUCGUCAACAACUUCGGCAUGUACUACUCGCUGGCCAUGGCCAAGCAGAAGCUUCCCAAGAAGAAGAACAAGCACAUCCCGCGGGCGCCGCAGCCCGGCUCGCCCAACUACUGCAAGCCCGACGCCCUGGCGGUGGCCGCCGCCUCGCCGCACGGCAUGCUGGGAAACGUGCUCGGAGGGAUGGUCGGCUCGGGGAGCGCGGGAGGAGACUGCCCUCUGGCGCAGGAGGAGAUUAUUGAGAUCAACAGAGCGGACUCGAAGCCGAACGGAGACGCGGCCAACGCUGCGCUGGCCAACGAGGACUGUCCCACCAUCGACCAGGUUCUGGGAGCGGAGGAGAAGAGCCCCGGGCGGCCGACCCUGGGGGGCAGGGAGCGCUACCCCCACGACCACGCCUGCUUCCUGCUCAGCACGGGCGAGUUUCGUCCCGCAGACGGCGGAGUGAGGAAAGGAUGUGUGCUGUCACGGGUCACAGUGGCGGGCUAUGAGAAACCUCGCAGCUACGAGAAAUCUCGCAGCCUGAACAACAUUUCGGGUGUGACGGGGCCCCCCAUGCGCCUCACCCCCAUUGCCAAGUCGCCCUAUGAGCCGUACGAGUCGCCAGGGCCCCUCCGCCGCUGCCGCUCCCCCAUCCCGUCCAUCCUCUAA